ACUUAUAGCAAAUAAGCAUGCACCAUAUGUUUGUUGGAUUAUCCUCUGAAAUGGAAAGCCAAAGGAAUUUCAGAGCCCAAAAGCGUCGGCUUUUUAUGUUCUUGAUUUCUAUGCUUUGCAGCCUCACAGAAUCUCUGAUGAAUCAGGAGGGAAUCACACUUUUGGAGUUCAAAACCUCCCUUAUGGACCCAAACAACAAUCUCCAGACCUGGAAUUCUUCUUCAGGCUUGAAUCCCUGCAAUUGGGCUGGGAUAGCAUGCAAUGGUGAUCACAAGGUAACUUCUGUACACCUUCAUGGCCUCUAUCUAUCUGGUAGCUUAUCUUCAAAAAUCUGCGAGCUUCCUGUUUUGACUGAUCUCAACAUCUCAGCAAACUUCAUUUCUGGCCAUAUUCCUGAUUUUGCACAUUGCCAAAAUCUUGAGGUUUUAGACCUCUGCACCAAUAGAUUCCAUGAUAAAUUCCCUUCCAAGUUUUCUGAUAUGCCCUCCCUUAGGAAGCUUUACCUGUGUGAGAAUUAUAUCUAUGGAGAAAUCCAUCCGGAGAUCGGGAACUUAACUUUGCUCGAGGAGCUUGUAAUUUACAGUAAUAAUCUCACUGGAAGGAUUCCAAACUCAAUAAGUAAACUGAAAAAGCUUAGGAUUGUGAGGGCAGGGAGAAACUGUUUUUCAGGUACAGUCCCUGUAGAAAUAAGUGAAUGUGAGAGUUUACAAAUCCUUGGAUUGGCAGAGAAUAGGCUAGAGGGGUCUUUUCCUGUAGAGCUUCAGAGGCUUGAGAAUCUCACUAACUUGAUCCUUCGCUCGAAUUCGUUUUCUGGUGCAAUUCCAGCUGAAAUAGGGAAUUUCAGUCACCUGGAAGUACUUGCACUUCAUGAUAAUUCCUUCACCGGGCACCUUCCGAAAGAGCUGGGGAAGUUAGCCAUGCUAAAAAGAUUCUACCUUUACAGAAACCAUUUGAAUGGCACAAUUCCAUGGGAAAUUGGGAACUGUUCUAGUGCCACUGAGAUAGACUUUUCUGAGAAUCACUUGGGUGGGAUUAUUCCAAGAUCGUUGGGUCGAGUUUCCAAUCUCCAGCUGCUUCAUCUUUUCGAAAACCUCUUACAUGGAAGCAUCCCGAGAGAACUUGGAGAGCUGAAGCACCUCAGGAAGUUGGAUUUAUCCAUAAACAAUUUAACAGGUAGGAUUCCUCUAGAGUUUCAGAAUCUUGAGUUCUUGGAAAAUAUACAACUUUUUGACAAUCAUCUUGAAGGGACUAUCCCCCCGUUACUCGGGCUGAAAACCAACCUGUCGUUUCUCGACAUGUCAAGGAACAAUCUGAUAGGAAGCAUCCCUCCAAAGCUUUGUUGGUCCCAGAAACUGAGCUUUCUGAGCCUUGGCUCCAAUAAGUUGUCCGGAAACAUUCCUCGUGGCCUAAAAACUUGCAAGUCUCUGGAGCAGAUGAUGUUGGGAGAUAACCUGCUCACCGGUACUCUUUCUGUCGAGUUGUGCAAACUCCAGAAUCUUUCAGCUCUCGAGCUCUAUCAAAACCGGUUUACUGGACUGUUACCCCCAGAAAUCGGUAAUUUUAGUAGACUGGAAAGGUUUCUCUUGUCUAAUAACUACUUUUUUGGUCAUAUCCCUCCUGAGAUUGGGAAACUUGUGAGGCUUGUUACUUUCAAUGUCUCCUCAAACAGGCUAUCUGGGGGGAUUCCUCAUGAGUUGGGUGAUUGUAUCAGGCUUCAGAGGCUUGAUCUUAGCAAAAACUGGUUUACUGGGAACCUCCCAGAUAAACUAGGAAUGUUGGUGAAUUUGGAAUUGCUUAAGCUAUCAGAUAAUAGAUUAAAUGGGGAGAUCCCAUAUACAUUGGGGGAGCUUGUAAGACUUACUGAUCUGCAAAUGGGUGGCAAUUUAUUUUGUGGUGAAAUCCCUAUCGAGCUCGGUCAACUCACAGCCCUUCAAAUUUCUCUCAACAUAAGCCAUAAUGCUCUCACUGGAUCAAUCCCGGGAAACUUGGGUGACUUGCAGAUGCUUAUAUCGCUCUACUUGAAUGAUAACCAACUUAGCGGUGAAAUUCCCGGUUCAAUAGGUGAGUUGAUGAGCCUCAAUGUCUGCAACCUUUCCAACAAUAACCUGAUAGGAGCAGUACCAAACACCCCCGUCUUUCGAAGAAUGGAACCGAGCAAUUUUGCUGGGAAUCCAGGCUUGUGCAAGUUGGAUUCGUCGAAUUGCUUCCCCUCUCCGACCCCAUUAACAUUUUCAAACUCAAGCUGGAUCAAGAAAGCUUCAUACCGAGAAAAAGUAAUUCUCAUAUGCUCAGCUGUUGUUGGACUGGUUUCUUUGGUCUUCAUUGCUGGCGUUUCUUGGAUGAUGAAGAGCCACACGAAAGCCACCGUCUUAGUAGAAAAUCAAGUGAAAACCAAUGUCUUGGAGGAAUAUCACUUCCCCAGAAAAAGAUACAGUUUUCAGGACCUUGUUAUGGGCACUGAGGAUUUCUCAGAAAGUGCUAUCAUAGGAAGAGGAGCCUGUGGUGUUGUCUACAAGGCUGUCAUGACUGAUGGAGAAGUGAUUGCUGUGAAAAAGCUGAAAUCCCGGGGAGAAGGAGGGAGCUUAGAAAACAGCUUCACUGCAGAAUUAUCGAUACUCGGGAACAUCUGUCACAGAAAUAUUGUGAAACUCUAUGGUUACUGCCACCACCAAGACCGCAAUCUUCUCUUGUAUGAGUACAUGGAAAAUGGAAGCCUCGGGGAAAUUCUCCGUGGGAACAAGGAAACUCGUAUGCUGCUGAACUGGAAUGACAGAUACAAGAUUGCUCUCGGAGCAGCUGAGGGCCUAUGUUACCUCCACCAUGAUUGUAAGCCCCAAAUCAUCCACCGCGACAUAAAAUCAAACAAUAUCUUAUUGGAUGAAAUGCUCGAGGCACAUGUAGGAGACUUCGGGUUGGCAAAGCUAAUCGACUUGCCAUACUCAAAAUCAAUGUCAGCUGUGGCUGGUUCAUAUGGCUACAUUGCGCCCGAAUAUGCUUACACAAUGAAAGUGACAGAGAAAUCCGAUAUAUAUAGUUUCGGGGUUGUUCUGCUGGAACUAAUUACUGGAAGCUCUCCGGUUCAACACAUUGAACAAGGAGGAGAUCUAGUGAGUUGGGUGAGAAAAUCGGUUCAUGAAGGCGUCUCGUUCUCUCAUAUCUUUGACAAAAGGCUUGAUCCUAUUCCGGGAAGCACGAUUGAGGAGAUGUCUUUAGUUCUCAAGAUUGCAUUGUUUUGUACCAAUAUAUCUCCUCUCAAUCGGCCAACAAUGAGAGAGGUGGUUGCAAUGCUGAUCGACGCUAAGGAAGCGACGAAUAAUUCACUGCCCUCUUCAACAUCAGAAACUCCUUUAGAUCAAUAGCUUGCAAAUCCAUCCUCCCUACAAUAUUUUCAUCAGCCUGUAGUUAUUACUAAGCAUGUUAGGCUACAUUUUGCCUCUAACUAGCAACUUUCUCAGAGAUCCACUUAUUAUUGCAAUGAUCUAAUUGAUCUAUCUUCUUGUCUUGA